UUCUGUGAUUUAGUUGAUAAAAAUAUAGAAAAUGACACGUCGAUGAUCAUUAAGAGUUAUUAUACGCACAUAGUGACUCUGGUGACAACUAAAAAAUACAUGAAUGACAUACCAAAAAAUAUGAUACCUUCAUUUAUAAAAUCAGCGUCUACAUUAUUAGCGUACCAGAUAAUAAAAAUUUUAAUGACAAGCAUCUCGGAUCUGCUGAAUGUGCUCGAAGAUAACUCAAUCCGGCCAUCAUUAUCCAUCAUUUUAAAAUGUCAAAACAACGAUCUGAUUACAUUACCAACUAAGGAUUACUUUUUUUCUCGUUUUUAUUAUUUUAUCGAUGAGAUUGCCUCUGCUGGUUUACAAUUACAACCACUUGAAUCCUGGGUUGACAUGAAAAAUCAAGAAUUUAUCUCCGCGGUUCUUCCCGAGUGGUAUAUGCUUCAGUCCUACUCAAGACUCUCCAAAAUUUUGGAAAAUUACUGGGAACCCAUUGACAUUUACGUACAAAAUCUUCAGAGUAAAUUUAAAGUAAUCUACAGCGCGGAAGCUCAAUCAGAAAUUCGAAAUUUUAUAGAUUGUGAUUACAGUUUUCAGGAAGGAGCUUUUAAGUUAGAAGAUUUCAAAAAGUUAAUUACCGAAAUCGACGGUCUGCCAAAUAAUGAAUACUUGGAAGACAUAAGAAUUUCACAAUUCCCAGGUAAAAGUGGCCUAAAACAUUACACCGAAAUAUUUCGCGGUUAUAUUAUCCAAGAACUGCUUCAAAAGCAGCGUAAAUUCAAUCAUGAAAUCUGUUCGACUUUUGAAAAAGUCAAAAGUCAAGUUUUGAACACCCCAGAAACAACCAAAGAGUUGCUGGAACUGGGAAAGCAUAUGCUAACGUUAACGACAACGUUUAUGGAAGAAAUGGAGGAAAAGAUAAACUUUGCGGUGUCUAAAAUGCUGUCUGUAAUUGAAAUGACUACACUGGACUACGAUGACAUUGAGCUUAAUCGUGAAACGGUCAAUUGGCUCGUCAAAAUAAAGCCAAUCUUUGAGGAAGGCAAUCUCCGAUACGAGCAAAUGAAAUUUAAGUUAGAAGAAAAUCUACAGUCUCGCAAGAACAAUUUAAUAACAUCUAUUGAAGAUUUAUUUACUCAUCUAGAAAUAAUGGAUCUGAUGGAUAAUUCUGAGCGUAUUUUCGACUAUAUCGAAGAAAUGAGAAAGUUGGUACGAUCUUUAGAUCGUCUUGAUGACCAAGUAAAGUGGAUUAAUAAUGAGGAAAGUACUUUUAAUUUUCCUCAAACGUAUUUUCCUCGAAUAAAAGAGCUCAAGGACAUAAUUAUACCUUUCUAUGAAUUAAUUUAUCAGGCUCGAAAAUGGCAGCGAGACUCUGGAGUCUGGUUAGACGGACCUUUUGAAUUUUUAGACGCUUCGAUCAUUGAAAAUCGCACUGCUGAUUAUUAUGCUUGGUUUAACAAAGUCUCCAAAGAAUAUCGAACUAAAAUAAAAAUUCAGAUUGCUACUGGUUAUCCUUACAUUUUUUCAGGCUCCGUCGACGAUCCAGAUCCUCUGAACCAGCCUGCGCCGAUGAAUUUGUGCCAUCAAUUAUUGGAAAGCAUCAAAUGGUUAAAGAAAUACAUGCCAUUGGUUUGUCUGGUAAAUCCUGCGUUGAAUCAAAGACACUGGGAUGAAAUGUCGUUGAUUGCUGGUUAUGAUAUUACUCCUGACGCUGGAACGACAUUUAGAAAAUUAAUUAAUCAGGAUUUGAUGAAAGACGUAGGUAAAUAUGAAGCUAUAAGUGUUAACGCUUCAAAAGAAGCAGCGCUGGUGGAUCUGUUUAAUAAAAUAAAGCAAGAGUGGGAUAAUGUUUUGUUCACUACGAUGAUUUACAAAGAUUCUGAUGUGACUAUUCUCACCCAGUUGGACGAUGUAAUGCUGAUUUUGGAAGAACACACAGUAAAACUUCAAGGAAUGCGAGGUUCUGCUUUUGUAAAACCCAUUGAAAAUGAUGUAAAAAUUUUUUACGAGGUCCUUGUGCGUAUUAAAAAUACUAUAGACGAGUGGUCGAGACUACAAGUCCAGUGGAUUUAUUUAUUGCCUAUUUUUACAAGCCCUGACAUAAUUGCGCAGUUGCCAGAAGAAGCUUCCAUGUUUUCGGAAGUUAAUCAGACUUUUUGUGAAAUAAUGGAAUCUGUAGGAAAAGAUCCGAGGGUUAAAGAGUCGGCAGGUUCAUUGGGAAUGUUGGAAAAACUUGAAAAAGCGAAUGAACUAAUGGAAAAAAUAAAUCAAGGAGUUGUAGAGUACUUGGAGAAAAAGCGAUUGUUUUUUCCACGAUUUUUCUUUCUUAGCAACGACGACAUGUUGGAAAUCCUUUCAGAAACAAAAGACCCGUUGCGUGUUCAGCCGCAUUUGAACAAAUGUUUUGAGGGGAUCGUCAAAUUAGGAUUUAACAAAGACCGAGAAAUCUACGCGAUGACUGGUGAUGACGGGGAAGAAAUAAUGAUCCAGGAAAUAAUUUCAACUGAUGCGGCAAAGGGGUGCGUUGAAAAGUGGCUUAUAAAAGUUGAACAACAGAUGGUUACGACAAUAAAACAUCAAAUUAUGGUCAGUUAUUUUGAUUACGAAGUUACCGAACGCGUUAAAUGGGCAUUGAUCUGGCCUGGACAGGUUGUAUUGUGUGUUUCACAAAUUUAUUGGUCUUUGGCUGUUACUAAUAGCCUUUUAACACGUAAACUGAAUACACAAAACCGCACGACUCUCAAUGCAUUAAUAACAAUAGACGUUCAUGCUCAAGAUGUAGUGGAGCUAUUGAUCGACAAAAGAAUCACCAGUGAGACAGACUUUGACUGGCUGGCACAGUUACGUUAUUAUUGGCAAGACAAUGUACUUGUUAGAAUAAUAAACUCAACUGUUAAAUACGCCUAUGAAUAUUUAGGCAAUUGUUCCAGACUUGUUAUUACACCGUUAACUGAUCGAUGCUAUCGAACAUUGAUUGGAGCGUAUUCUCUCCACUUAAAUGGCGCUCCAGAAGGUCCCGCUGGUACUGGAAAAACCGAAACGACCAAAGAUUUAGCUCGAGCAAUAGCAGUCCAGUGUGUCGUCUUCAAUUGUUCAGAAGCACUUGACUACAAAAAUAUGGGAAAAUUUUUCAAAGGUUUAGCUGCUUGUGGUGCGUGGGCUUGUUUCGACGAGUUCAAUCGCAUUGAACUGGAAGUCCUCUCAGUAGUCGCUCAACAGAUUCUUUGUAUCGUUCAAGCAGUACGAGCUCACUUGGAAAUAUUUAUCUUCGAAGGAACGGAACUAUCAUUGAACCCAGCAGUUUAUGUCUGCAUAACCAUGAAUCCUGGAUAUGCAGGUAGAUCUGAGCUUCCUGACAAUCUAAAAGUCCUCUUCAGAACUGUCGCGAUGAUGGUUCCUGAUUACUCUAAAAUUGGAGAAAUAUUUCUGUAUUCAUCUGGAUUCAACGAUGCACGAGUUUUAUCACUAAAAAUAAAAACUACUUACAAACUUUGCUCCGAGCAAUUGUCAACUCAGUCUCACUAUGAUUAUGGAAUGCGAGCUGUCAAAACGGUGCUGUUAGCAGCGCAAAAUUUAAAGAUAAAAUUUCCUGAUGCCGAUGAAACUGUUUUGUUACUCCGCGCAAUAGUUGACGUUAAUUUACCUAAAUUUCUGGCUCACGAUGUUCCACUUUUUCAGGGAAUUAUUUCCGAUUUGUUUCCAGAUGUACAAUUGCCUUCUCCAAAUUAUCAAAUUUUUUUAAAAGCAAUCAAACAAGUUUUAGAGUCACGCAACCUUCAACCAGUAGACGGAUUCCUCUUGAAAAUAAUUCAAACUUACGAAAUGAUGAUCGUGAGACACGGAUUCAUGCUUGUAGGGGAUCCGUCUGGUGGAAAAACUUGUGUUCUUCAUACUUUAGCAGACUCAUUGACUCUGAUGGCCCAAUGGGGUCAUAAUGAUCUAGGCGCUAAAACAAUUUAUACUACCAUCAAUCCAAAAUCGAUAACGAUAGGUCAAUUGUACGGGCAAUUUGAUCCCGUGUCUUCAGAAUGGACCGACGGAAUUUGUGCCGUGGCAUUCCGGCAAUACAGUACGAAUUAUGAAAAUUCAUCCAGAAAAUGGAUCAUCUUUGACGGACCUGUCGAUGCAGUAUGGAUUGAGAAUCUCAACACAGUUUUAGAUGACAAUAAAAAACUCUGCUUGACUUCGGGUGAAGUUAUACAGAUGACCGGUACCAUGUCGAUGAUUUUCGAGGCUAUGGACCUGGUUCAAGCUUCACCAGCGACUGUUUCUCGAUGUGGAAUGAUUUAUAUCGAGCCUCAUGUCCUUGGCUGGCGCCCUGUUGCGGAAUCUUGGUACAAAACUCUUCCCUCUUGGUCUGACGGAUAUUUAGAAAUAAUCAGAGACAUGUUUGAGUGGUUAAUUGAUGCUUGCUUAGAAUUUAUUAGAAAGAAAUGUAAAGUUACCUUGUAUGCAGGGCAAAUCAAUCAGGUAACAAGUACUUUUAAUUUAUUUAAAAUGGUCAUGGACGAUGCAGUAGAUGAUCCAAGAAACAAAGAUUCGGAAGAAAUUAAAGACAAUAUUAAAUGUUGGGUUCAAGCAGCGACUAUUUUUUCUAUCGUUUGGGGACUUUCAGGAACUCUGGAUCGCGAUUCUCACCGCAAAUUCAAUGAUUUUUUUACAAAUAUCUGGAAAAAUCAAGACUCUAGUCUACCGAUACCUGAAAGUAUCAGUCGUGACGUUAUUUUGCUGCCUUCUGAAGAUAUUAAUGACAGUUAUUACGUUUUUCGCGGCAAAGGUCACUGGAAAUCAUUUUCAGAAGCUCUGAAAACCGAAACUCUCGUUGAAGCUUCCAGUAUCUCACAGAUGCUGGUACCAACUGUUGAUACUGUAAAAUAUCAACGUUUAUUUCAGCAAUAUAUCAAGCACAACAAAAGAUUCUUGGUUUACGGUGCUACAGGUACGGGAAAAAGUUUUUACAUUCAAGAUUUGAUGACAAAUAAAUUGAAAGAAAAUUACAUACCCAAUUUAAUAACAUUCACUGCUCGAACCAGCGCGGCAUUGGCUCAGGAACUAGUAAUUUCAAAGUUACAACGUCGAAAACGUCACUACGGUCCUGGAAAGGGUAAUUUAUGCGUGGUGUUUAUCGAUGACGUUAACAUGCCUGCCAAAGAAGUUUACGGAGCCCAACCGGCUAUCGAAUUGCUGAGACAAAUGUUCGACCAUGAUUACUGGUAUGAUUCCAAGGAACCUAACAAGAUAACUGUUUCCGAUACACUAUUUAUUUGUGCGAUGAGUCCACCUGGGGGAAUGCGCCAAAAAAUUUAUCAGCGAUUUUUGAGACACUUUAAUUUGCUCACCAUCAACGAAUUUACCGAUGAAAGCAUUCUGAGAAUAUUUUCCACAAUCGCUUUAGCGGGUUAUAAAAGAAAUGGAUUCGCUUCAGAUAUAAUUGUCACGGUAAAUCCAAUGGUGAAUGCAACUCUCGAGAUUUUUAAAUGUGCAAUCAAGGAUUUAAGACCCACACCAGGUAAAUCUCACUAUGCCUUCAAUCUAAGAGACUUUGCGCGUGUAAUUACCGGUUGCGUUAUGUUAAAAAAGGAUUCUGUCGAGUCAAAGUCUACGUUUACGCGUUUGUGGGUCCAUGAAACUCUUAGAGUUUUUGGAGAUCGUUUGGUAGAUAGCGAAGAUCACUUAUGGCUCUUUGAUAAAAUCAAACAAAUAGUUUUAAAAAUAUUUAAUGAUUCGUUUGAAAGUAUUUUCAGUCACUUGCCAAAAGAAAAUGACCAGUUGACCGAAAAGAGCCUCAAAAGUCUGAUAUUUGGGAAUUUUAUGGAUGAUUCUUUGGAUAAAAAGUACGAAGAAGUAACCUCGAUGGAGUUGUAUCAACAAAUAGUUCAGCAGUAUCUCAAAGACUACAACUUAACACAUCGUACUGCUCUGGAUAUUGUGGUAUUUCGUUACGCUUUGGAGCAUUUAGCACGUGUUAGCAGAAUUAUGGCGACACCAGGAGGUAAUUUACUGAUGGUUGGAGUCGGGGGCUCUGGCCGACAAUCACUGACUAAAUUAGCCGCGGCUAUGGCCGACUAUGACCUAUUCCAACCUGAAAUAACCAGCACUUAUGGCGUGAACGAGUGGCACGAAGAUAUUAAAAGGAUUUGUAAAACGUCUGGAGCUCAAGGAAAAGAUUUAGUUUUUCUUAUUUCAGAGAGUCAAAUCACAGAGCAAGUAUUUUUAUCCGACAUUGACGGGCUUUUGAAUUCCGGAGAAGUUCCUAAUUUGUUUAAUGCCGAGGAGAGACAAGAAAUAAUCGAAAUUUGUCGGUCGACGGCUGCCAAAGAGGAGGGGGAUAAUAAUGUAAUUUCUACAGGAUCGAUCGUUUUGGUACUGGCGUACUUUUUAAGCCGGUGUAAAGAAAAACUUCACCUUAUGCUGUGUUUCACACCAAUAGGAGAGUCAUUUAGAACUCGGCUGAGAUUAUACCCGAGUUUGUUGAAUUGUUGUACUAUCGAUUGGUUUGAAGUUUGGCCAGAAGAAGCCCUUGAGCAAGUUGCUGUUAAGUUUACUAAGGAUAUAAAUGUCGAUGAUCAAGUAAAAGUUAACGCAGUGAUAGCCUGUAAGUAUUUUCACGUCUGUGCUAAAAAUAUCGCUGAAGAGUUCUAUCAAAUAACCGGAAGGCGAACGUACAUCACUUCAACGGGGUUCUUAGAUUUGAUACGGAAUUAUGCAAGGCUAAUCAAUAUAAAACAGAAAGAAAUAACAGAAGCUCGAGCUCGUUAUGUCAAUGGUCUUGACAAACUCGCGUUCGCAGCCGAAGAAAUAAAAAGAAUGAAAAUUAAUGUUGAGACUUUGAAGCCACAGUUGGAAGCUUCUGCUCGAGAAACUGUUGAAACUAUGAAGCAAAUAGAAAACGAGAGUAAGGGAGUUGAAGAAGCGACUAUUCAAGUUAAGAAAGAUGAACAAGUUGCUAAUAACCAAGCUGAGAUUGCUGGGGCAUUGAAAAUUGAAUGUGAAGCGGAUCUUGCUUCGGCGCUUCCUGUUUUGGAAGAAGCUCUUAAAGCUCUUGAUACUCUCAAGCCCAAAGAUAUUUCAUUGGUAAAAACUAUGAAAAAUCCACCAGCUGGGAUUAAAUUAGUAAUGGCUGCUGUUUGUGUAAUGCUCAAUAUUCCGCCCGACAGAAAACCUUCACCAGACACAGGAAAAAUAGUCCUGGACUACUGGAAGCCCAGCAAAAAAUUGCUCAGCGAUAUUAAGUUUCUGGACUCUCUGAAAAAUUACGAUAAAGAUAAUAUUCCUUUGCAAAUAAUAGAAACAAUAAAACGUAUUUAUCUGACGGAUAAAAAUUUUGAGCCGCGUGUUGUAGCGAAAGCUUCACAAGCUGCUGAAGGACUUUGCAAGUGGGUUCGUGCAAUGAUUCUCUAUGAUAAAGUCGCUCGAGAAAUAGCUCCGAAAAAACAGAAGCUCCAAGAUGUCCAAAAAGAGUACUUGGAUACGAUGAUUAUCUUGGAGGAGAAGCGUAUUGCUUGUGCUGAGUUAACUGGAAAAUUAACAGUCUUGAAAGAGAAUCUGGAAAAAAUUUUAAAAAAGAAAAUAAAUCUUGAAAAUGUGUUGUCGCAAUGUCGCAAUAAAUUAAUACGAGCUGAAAAAUUAAUCAGUGGGUUGGGAGGCGAGGAACGUCGCUGGCUAAAAACUGCUGAAAAUUUAAAAAAAUCUUAUGAAACUCUGCCGGGAGAUAUUUUAAUAUCUUGCGCUAUAAUAUCUUACUUGGCGCCAUUCACAUCGGUUUAUCGAGUAAACAAUAUCGAUAAAUGGAUUCAGUACAUUAAAAAUUUAAAAAUUCCCUCUUCAGAAGAUUUUUCCUUUGUCGAAAUUCUGUCCAACGAUUUGCAAGUAAAUACGUGGAAUAUUUUGGGUUUGCCUAGGGAUAUAUUUUCAACGGAAAAUGCUAUUAUUAUGGCUAGCAGCAAACGCUGGAGUUUGUUUAUUGAUCCACAAAGCCAAGCUAAUAGAUGGAUUCGCACGAUGGAGAGAUUCAGUAAUGUUGAAAUCAUAAAAUUAACAGAUAAAAAUUAUAGCAGCAAACGCUGGAGUUUGUUUAUUGAUCCACAAAGCCAAGCUAAUAGAUGGAUUCGCACGAUGGAGAGAUUCAGUAAUGUUGAAAUCAUAAAAUUAACAGAUAAAAAUUAUAUGACUGUUGUAGAGAGGUCUAUUGAGUUCGGCUACCCGGUAUUGAUUGAAAAUAUUUAUGAACAACUUGACGCUUCGCUGGAUCCAAUACUCAUGAAAAAUAUCUACAAAGUCGCCGGAGAGUUUUAUAUAACUCUUGGCGAGAAAAUAAUCAAGUAUGAUGAUAAAUUUCGACUAUAUUUGACCACCAAAUUGCGUAAUCCUCACUACGUACCGGAGAUUUUCAAUAAAGUUACAAUUAUUAAUUUUUCUCUGACUAAAAUUGCGCUUGAGGAUCAACUUUUGGGGAUUGUCGUGGCGAAAGAACGACCAGAAUUGCAAGAAAAACGGGAGUACCUAAUAGUUGAGGGAGCAGCUAAUCAAAAAGCACUCAAACAAGUUGAAGAUAGUAUCCUGAAAACACUAUCUUCAGGUACGGGUUCGGAAAUUCUUGAAAAUGAAGAGGCCGUGGGAAUACUAGAUUCCUCUAAAAUAUUGUCCGCAGAUAUAAUUAAAAAGCAAAAAGCUUCCGAAGAAACUCAACGAGAAAUAGAAAUUGCGAGGAAUGACUAUGCGUUAAUUGCUAAAUACUCUUCAGCGCUUUACUACACAUGUACAGAUCUCCCCAAUAUCGAUCCAAUGUAUCAGUAUUCACUAACGUGGUUUAUAAAUCUUUAUGUCACUACCAUAGAGAAUGCUCAUAAAAGUAAAUUAUUGAAAAAGAGAUUAAAAUUUUUACAAGAUACUUUUACGUAUAAUCUCUACCAGAAUAUCUGCAGGUCAUUAUUUGAAAAAGAUAAACCGCUAUACGGAUUUAUUUUAUACACAACAAUAUUAAUUGACCGCCAGGAAAUAACUAUAGAGGAAUUGAAUUUAUUUUUAUCUGGAAUAAAUGUAAAGAAAACAACGAACCCGGUUGAUUGGUUACCAGACAAAUCUUGGAUAGAAUUAUGUCAGUUGAAUUCUCUAGGGGUAUUUAAAAAUUUUCUAUCACAUUUUUUGAAUAACUUGGAUGCUUGGAAAAGUUUUUAUCAUGCAGAUAUUAAUUUUCAAUUGCCAACGCCUUGGGACAAAGACCUCACGGAAUUCCAUAAAUUAAUAAUUAUGAAAAUAAUACAUCCGGAUAAAGUUUUGCAAACGAUGAUUAAAUUUAUCGAGCAAGGAAUGGGAAGUAAAUUUGUCUUGCCGGUUACUUUUGACCUUACUAAAUCAUAUAACGACUCAAACUCGUUGAAUCCUUUGAUAUUUAUUUUAUCCCAGGGUUCAGAUCCCACUGCGUCGCUAUUUAAUUUUGCAACGGCAAUGAAUUAUCAAGACAAGUUCAGUUCUGUUUCUCUGGGACAGGGUCAGGGUGCGCGAGCUGAAAAAUUAAUUAGAGACGCGCAGAAAAAUGGCGACUGGGUUUGCCUCCAGAACUGUCAUUUGGCCGGAUCAUGGAUGCCACAAUUGGAAAAAAUUUACGAGGAAUUUGACUCAACUAAUACCUCUGUUAAUUUUCGUCUAUGGUUAACAAGUUAUCCUACGCCAAAAUUUCCCAUUUCUAUUCUAGAAAACGCUAUUAAAAUGACAAACGAACCGCCCAAAGGACUCCAGCAAAAUUUAAUGCGACUGUAUUCGUCAGAGCCGCUGAAAAAUCAUCUAUUUUUUGACAGAUGUCCGGGAAAAGAUAAAAUAUUCGCCCGGUUAAUUUACGGGCUCUGUUUCUUUCAUGCCGUGAUACAAGAACGAAGAAAUUACGGUCCUCAGGGUUGGAACAUCCCUUACGGCUUCAACGAGUCAGACUUUGAAAUUUCUAUAACUCAGCUGGAAAUAUUUAUCAAUCAAUACAAUGAAUUGCCGUUGAAAGCAAUUACUUAUUUAACUGGAGAGUGUAAUUACGGUGGGCGUGUUACGGAUGAUCGUGAUCGCCGUUGUUUGCAAACGAUUCUUCAGGAUUAUUACAAUGACCAAAUAAUAUCAAAUGACCAGUACAAAUUAACUGAGAGCUCUGAUGAAUGUUACUGGGUACCUCGGAAAAAUAAUUACCAAGAGUAUGUUAAACAAAUCCAGAGAAUGCCACUGGAUCCUCAGCCGGAAGUCUUUGGUUUGCAUGCGAAUGCUAGGAUUACCCGAGACUUGGAAACAUCGAGACUUUUUUUGGAGUCUUUGCGGAAAAUCUCUGGUACAGUGUCUCUUGCGGGUGGAGUUAAUGCUACAGGGGAUUUUGGUUCUAAGCAAGAUGAAUCGCUCCUGGUAAUAAAGCAAGAUAUUUAUGAAAGACUUCCGGAUUUAUUUGACCUUGAAGCUGCAGUGAAAAAUUACCCAGUGCGUUAUGAUGAAUCUAUGAACACGGUAUUAGUUCAAGAAUUAGAACGUUACAAUAAUUUGUUAGGUGUUAUUCGUACGAGUCUUGAAAUGCUUGAGAACGCUAUCAAGGGAAUUAUUGUUAUGACCACUGACUUGGAAAUUAUUUAUGAUGAAAUACUCAGUAAUAAAAUUCCAUCAUUAUGGAUAAAGUCCAGCGCGUAUCCUUCAUUGAAAUCGCUCGGUAAUUUUGUCAGUGAUUUGAUAAAACGUUUAGAAUUUUUAAAAAAUUGGGUCGAUCACGGUAAACCCGAUAAAUUUUGGAUUUCUGGUUUUUCCUUUGUACAUGGAUUUUUGACUGGAGCUAUGCAAAAUUUUGCUCGAAAGUACAAAAUAUCAAUCGACAAAAUAGAAUUUGAUUUCGAGGUUAUGUCAGGCGAGUUAAAUUCAGCCCCAGUAGACGGUGUCUACAUCUACGGAUUAUAUUUAACCGGUGGUCGUUGGGAUUCAUCGAGAAAAGCCCUAGCUGAGAGCUAUUCGAAAAUUUUAUACGAUCCAAUGGGGAGUAUCUGGCUGAAGCCAACAGAAUCAACAGAAAUAAUAAAUAUAAAUCGGCAUAAUCCGAUUCGAUAUGAAUGCCCACUGUACAUAACAUCCGAGCGAUUUGGAACACUUAAAACAACGGGGCAUUCAACAAAUUACGUCUUGAUGAUUCUGCUUGACACGGAAUUACCAGUUAGUCAUUGGAUUAAGCGAGGUCUUGCUCUCUUAUGUCAGCUGAAUGAUUAG